GCUCAUCACAUCCUCCUCAUGCACGAGCACUGUGCCCGCCCCCUUCCCCCCGCGCACGUCCUGAGAUCCUGCGCAUCCAGCAGCGGCGGACCUGUGGAGGAGAAACCGAGAGAAGCGGGAGGAGGAACCAUGAUAGACCUGAGCCACCUGACGGAGGAGGAGCAGGCGAUGAUCGUGACGGUGCUGAGAAGGGACGCUGAUCUGAAGAAGGCUGAGGAAGAAAGAGUCAGAAAACUGGAGAACAUACUGAACAAUGGCUCCCAGUCAGACACCAAACUGAAGUACUUGACGGGAGAGUGGUUUUACGAGGCCAAGUCACGCAGGCACAGGGACAAGAUCCACGGCUCGGAAAUCAUUCUGGCCUCCAUGAAACAAGGGAAAGCGGCCAGUUUAGAUGGUUCUCUUAGAGUUGACAAACCCAAGCUCGCGAGCAGUCAAGGUUCAGACAUCGUUCCUCCACCAAAACCUGUCAGACAGUUGGAGGCACAACAGCCUCAGCAGAUUAAUUUUUUGCCCAGCGAUGCCGAAAAAGAGAAUCGAAGUUCAGAUGUCCGCUCCCCGAGAAUGCCGAGGCAUAACCCUUUUAACCGCGCUUCCCUUAUUGUUGUUGAGCCUCCUGAAAAUAAUCAUUACAUGUCAGCCAGUCAGUGCCAGGAGUCACUGGAGACAGAGCCCGUCUCUCCACUGAAGAGUCACCCAGCAGGUGAGGCCAAUCAGACAUCAGAGGGCUCCUCAGUAGGUUUCAGGCCAGUGCCAAAGAAGAGGACAUUUCUCUCUAGACUUCCUCACAGUCAGUCAGAAAGCAACGGCCUGGGGUCAGACGCUCAGGCAGGGUCAACAGCAAUUGUUCCUACCCCAAGACGGAGGCUACAGCGGGGAUCCAGCGGGAGCUCUAAUCAGUCCGGCCUGAAGAGCCAAGAUGAAAGUUCUCAAAGGAGUGCAGUGUCUAAUCAGGUAGCUCAGUCAUCCACAUCUGCAGAUGAAAAUUCCCUGCAGUCACUGUGUGAUGUAUCUCAGGUUUCCUCUAAUUCAAGUCUGGAGAGACAAAGAAACCCACCUUCUAUAACGAGAGACAGACUAGCCAGAUACACAAGGAGUGAUGCGCCCACUGAGACGGGAGCAUCACAGAGGAGUGAGGAACGAGACAGUCAAACCCAAAGAGAGCACGCAUCUUUGAAUUUUGUCACACCGCCUACCAGUAACAUUCAGGACAAAGAAAACAACAGCCGUGUGGGAACAGCGAUGAGGCAGGAGGAACCGGGUUUGGCCCAAAACACUGUGGAUCCAGGUCCCCCUGUGUCCUAUGAUCUCAACUUCAUUGAUAAGUCUCAUCAACAAACCCAGCGGUCAAAUCAUACACAUGUGUUUAAACUAUCCACUCAGACUACCAGUCCCACUGGUGAGGAUGAAGAAUCCAUUGCAAAGGUGCUGGACUGGUUCAGCCGCAGCACGGACAGCAGUGAUUGGCUAAAUUCAGAAGAUCCAGUGGGUACAAAGAGCCCUGACAAACCUGUGGAAAUCAGUAAAUUAAGAGCAGAAGAUUUAUUAAUAAAAGAUGCUGGGGAUAUCGUAAGUGAUACAAAACCGCUUGAAACAAAUAGGAAUCAAUUGAAAAGACAGACUAAUGAUGACAAAGAGUUUAGAGCUGCUGACAGAAGAGGCAGCAAAGAAGUGAUUGAUGCACAAGAGGACGUGACGACGGGUAGCAGAGAGAGAAUGCAUUCACAAGAUGUGAGAGAUGACGUCGAUGAAAGCCAACCACCUAAAAUUUCUCAUCUGAAGUCGUUCUGGGAGAAUAGCAAUACAGGCCCUAAAAUACUCAUCGGAAAGUCGGUCUCAGCUGGCGACAAAGGACAAAAACCUUCUCAGCUGACAGCAGAGAAAAGGUCUGAUAUGCCGUCUGUUCCUGGAAUAUACAGUGGACAGGAGACUUAUGAUAAGUACACUUCAAAUCCAUGUGAUGAAAGAGAGCAGCAGCUGCUAAUCACUACAGAUCUGAGAGACAGUGUUCACUUAAAUAACCGCCAGCAAGCAGACAAUCUGGUGAUUAAUUUGACCCGAGGGAACAAUGAUGAUUCAACAUACAACUCGGAUUAUUUAAUGUUGGUACCCAGUAACAGCAGAGGUUCAGACACAGAGAUUUUAUGCACAACCAGAGCACCGGCGAGGGCAGCCAUCAGUCCAGAGUCUGACAGCAGCUCUUUAGUCAAACCUGACAGCUUUUCUGAACCAAGAGAACCCCUGUUGGCAGAAGAGCCCUCAAAGACUGUUCCUGUGUCUCAGCUGGAUACAGAUCUUCUAAGAAGGGGCAGUCUAGAUUCUGAGGAGCUCUGUUUAACCAGAAACAAUGUGUAUAUGGACGAUCAGCAAGCUGGGAAUGAUGUACAGAACACCACAAAAGCACAAAUUCACAGAGGUUCAAGUGAGGAUAAAAGCAUUCAUUCGAGCAUGUCUCCAAAAAGAAAGAACUCAUCCAAUAAAGACAGCGCUAAUAGUCCUCACCUAAAUAGGCAGGCAUCAUCAAAUCAAGACAGUACAGCCGAGAGAAUAAAGCAGCUCAAAUCCUUCUGGGAGCAGGAGAGGAACAAGCCCGUGUUUUAUACCGGCAAACCUAAAGCUCUCGGAGAAAGUAAAGUCGCUCGUGGAGCGAAUCAGGCAAAACUGAAUAAAAGAUUCACAAAGUCAGAGUACGACCUGAGGUCACUUGGCAAUGAAUCGGGCAGUGAUGAGGAAACCGCUGACAAAAAUCAUCAAAAUUUUACUAUUGUACCACUGAAUCAGCGAAUAGACAGGCUGUCUCCGAGCCUUGGCACGAGCCGGGCCCAGUUUAACACUCUGCGUGAGUUCUGGGAUGAGGCCACAUCAGACUCCAAGGGAUCAUUUUCCUUUGACAAAUCCAAAAGCCCCAAAGGAAAGGGAAUAAGUGCUCAGCUUUCAUCUCAGGACUUAAAGGUUGGUGAUCCAGAGAUUUACAGAUUAUCCUCUGCUGUCGAGAAAACAAGGCCAGCUGUCAUGAAAUCAUCUCCUCCUCCUCAGAAUCGAUCAAAGUCGCCACAUGAUAGACAGAUGGGGUCAGGGUCAAGAGCACAGGGUGAUGGCAAAAACAACCUGCCUAAUUACAACACAGGUGAAUCAGGUCAGCAGAGAUUGUCCAGAAAGAGCUCAAAAGAUUCCAGCAGAGAGGAGAAAACUUCAAAACCACACAACAGCUCAGGAAAAGAGAGUCGUUCUCCGAAGAGCAGGAAAGACAGUUUUAGUUACUCGAGCAGUCGUGGUAAUUCUUUGCGUCGUGCCACCAGCAUGUUCGCUCUGAGCAUUCCCGAUGAAAAAGAUCAAAGCCAGCUGAAAAUGGAUGUAAGCCCUGUUCACUCUCAGAGCAGAAAGCAAAGACAGAACCCCGAGAAAGGCGUAGUGCCAAGAAGAUCAGAGGAAACCGAGGCUCUGACUCUGCGUGCACGGGCCUUUGUUCCCAGAGACUACCGGCACUACCUGGGGAUGACCGAUAAGACCAGCGUGCACACCUCGCUCGCUCCGGCUGUGAAGGACGAGGGGUCAGAGGGAAAGUCUGGUUAUGAACUUGACCUGAGUGGGCCAGUGAGGGCCAGCACACCGGUGAGCUCUGAGGAGCGUCACAGCAGGAAGGCCAACAAGAUGAGUCAGCACCCCCUGUGGGCAAACUACAGCAGCUCAGAUACCGGCCAGGAGUCCUCUGUGAGCAGCACAUCAGAAACCUGGUCCAACUCAAGGAACAGUUCAACUCGUGAAAAUGAAAAUGAUGAUCAAAAUCCUAUAAGAAAAGCGCUGCGACGAGCAGAAGCACGGCCCAAAAACCUGGCUAAAAGUAUGGAGGAUAUCACAGCAUCCGUAUCACCACGACAAGAAAGAAGACAGGACCCAGCUUCUGAUCUCAGACGUAUUAGCGAUGCUUCUGCUAUCCCAUCACCCUCCUCUGCCUUAUUCUCGGAUCCAGACCACCUGAAGAAGAUGAGCAAAUCUGUUCCUUCAUUCUUACAAAAGGAGGAUGCUGGUGGAGCUGCUGACUCCACCUACGGGGAGACUUACUACCAAGAAAGACUAAUAAUGGGCAGCUCAAUGACUAACCUCACCAGCUCCUCUGGCAUGCCGUCUGUCUCUUCUCUAAGUGGAAGUGUGAUGACCGUGUACAGUGGAGACUUUACGAACGUGGAGGUUCAGGGAAGCAUCCAGUUCUCCAUCAACUACAUCCAGAAGCUCAGAGAGUUUCACAUCUUUGUGGCCGAGUGCCGAAACUUGGCUGCUGUCGACCCAAAGAGGGGCCGCUCGGACCCGUAUGUCAAGAGCUACCUGGCACCUGACAAAGCUAACCUUGGAAAGAGGAAAACAUCUGUAAAAAAGAAAACAUUAAACCCAACUUUUAACGAGAUCCUCAUAUAUCGGGUUCGCAUGGAGUAUCUCAGGACCCAGACGCUCAUUCUCUCCGUUUGGCAUCAUGACACCUUUGGCAAGAACAGCUUCCUGGGUGAGGUAGACGUGGACCUCUCUAAGUGGGACUUUGACCACACCCAGAUGAACUACUUAGCCCUGAAAGCAAGAACAACACCCACUCUAGCGCCAUCAAAUGACCGAGGAGAGAUGAAAGUAGCCAUACGUUUCCUGCCACAGAUCACCCACAGCGAAGGUAUAACUAAAGACAGUCCCAGCACCGGAGAGAUUCACAUUUGGGUGAAAGAAUGCAAGAAUCUGCCUCUAAUCAGGGCUACCAUCGACCCAUAUGUUAAGUGCUUCAUGCUGCCAGACACGAGUAGGAAAAGUCGCCAGAAGACGCGUGUACUGCGGAGGACAGUGGAUCCAGUGUUUAACCACACGAUGGUGUACGACGGCAUCAGGGAGGCUGAUCUAACACAGGCAUGUGUGGAGCUCACUGUCUGGGACCGAGACAGGCUCGCCAGCAACCUGCUGGGGGGCCUGAGGCUUGGAACCGGAACAGGCAGAAGUUAUGGAGCAGUGGUGGACUGGAUGGACUCGAGUCUUUAUGAGGCGGCCCUAUGGGAGCGCAUGAUGGCUUCCCCGAAUGAAUGGGUGGAGGCCGUGCUCCCACUGAGAAUGCUGAACUCGGCAAAAACUGCUUUCAAAUGAGCCUGUCCAAGUGCAGCGUGAUUACAGACAAGAAUACAGUAAAUAAACUUUUCAUAAGGAAUUUCACAAGUCAUGUUAAUAAUAAAUGAAAGGCAGUGGAGCAAAAAUAUUAGAAAAUUCCAGCCAAACUGAUUAUUACAGAAACCUGUGGGGCCACUCAACAAAAGGGUGGAAUGAACACUUUAAUAAAAUUAGAGAGGAACCUCUGGAGAGUGAGCUGUAUUUAAACCCAUAUUCUUACACAACUAUGAGGAUAAAAAAGGCAAAAUUCAGGAUGGUAAGAAGAUGAUUAACCAUCCUCAGCAUUGUUUUUAUCAUUUCAGGACCUUAGUUUUUUGUUCUAAUGAUGUACAGUAACAUCACGUUGACCUGUCCUUUGCCAAACAUUAGUAAGACACUGGUUAAUGUAUUUUUCAUAGGUAAUGGACUUUUUAAGGAACCUACCUUUUAGUAUAUACUAUAAGUUAUCAAUGUUGUAUCAUUUUGAACUACCUUUAGCCUUCAUUUAAUUAGCUGAGUCUUCAGAAAACAUGGCUUUUCAGUCUAUUAUUUUGACAGUAUUUUCAAAAUGUAAUUAAAUCCAGAGAUCUGUU